AUGAACUUAAUAAAACAAAUUUUAAUUUUAUCAUUAAUGAUAUUGUUUUUAUUAAAUAAUCCAACAUUAAUUUAUGGUCAAAAUGAUAAUGAUAAUAAUAAUCAACAAGUUAAAGAUGCAAAUUAUUCACCAUAUGGAGGCAAUGAAUUAUAUAACAAUAAUAACCUUAAUAAUAUUGAUCAAAUUAGACAAUCUUCAUAUUAUGAUUACUUACAAAAUUUAAGACCACAAGAUUAUAUUCAAAUUUUUAAAGGUGUUGUUAAAGGUUUACAAAAUUCUAUUAAUCCACAAAAUUCAAAUAUUUGUUCACAAAUUAUAAUUUACAAUGUUGAAAGUUCAAUGUAUUUAUCAAAUGAAUUACCUUUAAUGCUUUUUCAAUAUAAUUCAACUCAAAUUAAAUCUGUUGUUUCAAAUAUUAAAUUGGUUUUACAAAAUUUUUCAAAUUUAAAUCAAAAUAAUAUUUGUAAAUUUGAUUUGAUUAAAGAACGUUUUGAUUUUUAUUCUGCUUUUAUUGAUCAAUUUGGUGUUGAUCAAUUAAUCCUUAGAGAACAAUCAUUUUUAAAUAAUAAUAUGCAAUACUUUUCAAAAUAUAUAAGAGCAAUUGUAUUUGAUAUGUAUUUUGGUACAUAUGAAGAUGUAGGUUAUAAUAUUGGUUCUGGUUUAGGUUUAUUUUUAAAUACACCAUAUGCUUAA